UUAUAUAACAUAAAAACUACACUAAUAGUGAUUAUUAGGAGGUAUGCCAAGUCACAAGCUAGAGGACUAUCAAGUCCUCUCGACCAUUGGUACUGGUGCGUAUGGUACAUGUCGGAAGAUUCAAAGAAAGUCAGAUGGCAAGAUUCGUGUUUGGAAAGAAUUAGAUUAUGGCACAAUGAGUGAUGCUGAAAAACAGUUGCUUGUUUCUGAAGUAAAUCUAUUGCGUGAGUUAAAACAUGAAAAUAUUGUUCGUUAUCAUGACCGUAUCAUUGAUAAAGUAUCAACAAAAAUAUACAUCAUAAUGGAAUAUUGUGAGGGUGGCGAUCUUGCCGCUCUCGUAAUAAAACAUAAAAAAGAAAGGAAGUAUAUUGAUGAACCAUUCAUUUGGAAGGUGCUGUACCAAUUAUCAUCCGCCUUGAAAGAAUGUCAUAAUUGUUCAAAGGCGGGCAAUACUGUCCUCCAUCGAGAUUUAAAACCUGCUAACGUGUUUCUAGACGGCAAUAAGAACUGCAAGUUGGGGGACUUUGGUUUGGCCCGAGUUUUACAUCACGAAACUAGCUUUGCUAAAACCUUUGUUGGAACACCUUACUAUAUGUCUCCAGAACUUGUCAACCGAUCUAGUUAUAAUGAAAAAUCAGAUAUUUGGUCACUUGGGUGUUUAAUAUACGAGUUAUGUGCUCUGUUACCACCGUUCUUAGCAGCCAACCAAAAGAUGUUAGCAUUAAAAAUACAGGAUGGUCAUUUUAAACCAAUUCCAUCUCAUUACUCGAAAGAUAUGCAAAGAAUAAUAGAACGGAUGCUGACUGUCGUAGAAUCUAGAAGGCCGUCAAUUCAAGACAUUUUAAACUCUCAACUAGUACAGAAAAAUAUGAAAAUGGGGAGAGAUAUGAAGAUAGCUGCUUCUUCAGAAACAUCCUCUGUAGUAUUACAAAGAAGGGAAGAAAGUUUAAAUCUGAGAGAACGUCGACUGGAUGAACGGGAGAAGGAGCUGGAAAGACGCGAAAGACUUUUAGAAGAACGUGAACGACUUUCGAAUGAAAAAGUUACUCGCCCUGAACCAAGGUAUUAUACUGGACACAAGAGAACAACCCUGGAUCAAUUUCAAGACAAAGAGAACAUGUUUUUCCACAAAGAAAUUUCUAAGAAUGCUCUCUACGGAGAAGAUCGACACGAACGUGCGCUGCGAUUCCUUGAUCAGAACCACGCCCUUCCCCGUUAUGAGAGCCGGCUAAGAGGUGCUUAUGGAGGACUAAGGUGAUAAUGGUUUGGUUUUGCAAGAAAUUCCUGCAUCAAUGUAAAUUUUUGUUUUGAAAACUUUGAAUUUAUUUUGUUAUUAUUUGAGUUUUGGACAGUUGGUCAUGCAUGCAAAAACGCGAGUUGGAAGGGUUAGUAGUUUAGCUCUUUGCGACAUGCAUU